UAUAUGUCUCUGUCUGGCUCGCUGUAAUCAUUGACUCGUCAGCAUCAUCAUGCCUGAACCAGCGAAGUCUGCUCCCAAGAAGGGCUCCAAGAAGGCCGUCACUAAGACCGCCGCUAAAGGAGGAAAGAAGCGCAGAAAGUCCAGGAAGGAGAGCUACGCUAUCUACGUGUACAAAGUGCUGAAGCAGGUCCAUCCUGACACCGGCAUUUCUUCGAAGGCGAUGGGGAUAAUGAACUCUUUCGUCAACGACAUCUUCGAGCGCAUCGCCGGUGAGUCGUCUCGUCUCGCUCACUACAACAAGCGCUCCACCAUCACCUCGAGAGAGAUCCAGACCGCCGUGCGUCUGCUGCUGCCCGGAGAGCUGGCCAAACACGCCGUGUCUGAGGGCACCAAGGCCGUCACCAAGUACACCAGCUCCAAGUAGAUCUCCGCUCCGACACCGAGACACAAAGGCUCUUUUAAGAGCCACCCAUCUCAUCACUUAAAGAGCCUGUGUAAUGUCUCAGUUGGGGGGUAGAAAAAAAAGCGAGAAAUCUGGCUGAAUGGUUAAAAUUGGGGCUGUUACUUUUACUUUUUAUUAUUUGUUUAUUUUUGCCAUUUGAUAAAUAACAGCAGGCAAAAUAAAACUUAAACCCAAUUUGUGUAUAUUUGUUAAAACAACUGCGUGGACAAUGGUUCAAGAACCAAAACGCAGUAUGAAUUUGUAUUUGUUUAUUUUCAGUGGGUUAAAUUAGUGGCUUCCUGAACUAGAUUUAUGGCUUCUUGUAGUGAUUCAUAAAAAAAAAAAAAUUCAGGCCAUGUAGCAUUACCAAUGUUUGUAUAUAGUCAGCUGCAAAUAUGUCUUGACCCCCAAAAAAUUCUAACAAAACGUUUCUCAGUGGUUUACAGUAGUAUCAAAAUGUACUCUGUCUCUGUAUGUGGCUGAACACGCGCCCGUGUCUUCUUGUCUGGUUGGUCUUGUGCCCUUGUCUAGUCCUUGUAGUUCUAUGUUUUUGUCUUGCUCCUUAUUUUAGUAAUUUGUUUGUUCUUGCUUUUGGCUUUUAUUUGUAAUAUUUAUUUGGCUUUUCUAGUCUUGAUUCUUGUUGGUUAAACUGGUCAUUUCUUAUCUUGUUACUUAACCUUUUACUAGUUUAUUGGCUUAUAUCUUUCCUCGUCUUGAGUUUAAUUUGUGUUUUUGUGGAGCUUUGUCCUGUCUAGUUUUGUGUUCCAGUUCCUGACCUGUCCCCGUGUGUCCUGCCCUGGUUUUACCUACCUGGCACUUGGUCUGUUUCAGAGUCAGUGUUUAACAAGUGUCUGAGAUCUGCUAUACAGUGCCUUGUGUGGUCUUCUCCAUCAGCCUGGUUUUGCUGCCCCCUCUGUUGCCAAGUAUUCUGCCAGUUGUUUCCUGAAGCUUUCCCAGUGGCCUCCCCUAGCUGUUCUUGUUAACUGUUAUCCUGUUGUGUUAUCUAUUGUUCACUUCACUACCCUCUUGUAUUAGUCUGUUUUGUCAAUAAAACCUUAUUACCUCCC